AUGUAUGCUCCAGAAGUGGAUGCCGAUGUGUUUCAGCAGGUUCUUGACGUAAUGCAACCCUUCCGUCUAUCGAUGGAAGAUUACAUGGACAUUAAGAAUGCGCUUUUGGCUGCACUGCGCUCAGGUCUUAAACUGAGGCGUCGCGACAAGUCGUCCGUAAAGAUGUAUCCGUCAUAUGUUACAAAAAUGCCAACUGGUGAAGAAUGUGGUCAGUACUUAGCACUUGAUCUCGGCGGCACGAAUUUCCGAGUAUGCCUGGUUACUCUCUCCGGUAAAAAGGAACCUCCCAUUGUUGAGCAAAGAACUCAUGCUAUCCCUGUUGAAAAAAUGCGAGGAACUGGCACCGAGCUUUUUGAUUACUUGGCAGCAAAUAUCCACGAAUUUCUUCGUCUCCGUGGCCUUCUCGAUAGGGAAUUCAAGCUUGGAUUUACGUAUUCUUUUCCGUGCGAACAGGCUGGACUAAAUACGUCCUUCCAUGUUCGGUGGACGAAGGGGUUCUCGGCCAGUGGUGUUGUAGGGCGCAAUGUUGCAGAUCUCUUACAAAGUUCAAUCGACAAAACUGGUGCAAAUGUCAAGUGUGUAGCUGUUGUAAACGACACUGUUGGCACCUUAGCGGCCUGCUCAUUGGAGGAUAAAAGAUGCGCCGUUGGUCUCAUUGUGGGAACUGGUUCUAAUGCCGCCUAUUUGGAGGAUAUCGACAAAGUUGAGCUGAUCACUGCACGUAGACUUAGUGGUGAAUUAAAUGAAGAGGAGGUUGCCCAUGCCACUAGUGUUGUUAUCAAUAUGGAAUGGGGCGCCUUUGGAGAUUAUGGUGAACUGGACUACUACCGGACCGAAUUUGAUGAAAUUUUGGACAAAGAGAGCAUCGUGCCGGGAAAACAGAAGUUUGAGAAGAUGUGUUCGGGAAUGUAUCUUGGUGAAAUAGUACGGCUCAUUUUGCUGGAUCUCAUUGAAAAGAGUCUUCUCUUCCAAGGUCAAGUCCCUGAGCGCCUACGCAAUAAAGAUAGCUUUCAUACUAAAUAUAUUACUGAAACUGAAAGAGACCCACCGCAUCUCCUCUACAGCACCCUAUAUAUGUUGACAGAGGAUCUCUUGGUUCCUACAGUCACACCUCAGGAUAGUCGAAUUGUGCGUUAUGUCUGUGAGGUGGUUGCCAGCCGUGCAGCCCAUCUCACUGGUGCUGGCAUUGCCGCAGUGCUAGAGCACAUCAAACGACCCGAAGUCUCCAUUGGAAUCGAUGGCUCCCUCUACAAAUUGCAUCCGCGUUUUCGUGAACGUAUGACUGACAUUCUUGAUAAACUUCUUCCUCCCACAAUUCACUUCCGUCUCCGUUUGUCUGAAGAUGGUAGUGGAAAAGGGGCAGCCGCCAUUGCAGCAGUUUUUGCAGGAUAG